AUGGCUACAUUGUUCAAUCUACAAGGCCACAAGGCCCUCGUGACAGGCGGCGGCCGAGGAAUCGGACAAGCGAUGGCGAUCGGCCUCGCCGAAGCGGGGGCAGACAUCGUUUUAAUUCUGCGCACCCCCUCUCAAACGGAAACGAAAGAGGAGAUCGAACGACUAGGUCGUAAAUGCUGGGUACACCACUACGACCUCGCGGUGAAAGAGGAUGUCUCCGCGCUCGUGCCGGACGUACUCGCCGCCCACCCAGACGUGGACAUUUUGCUCAACGCAGCGGGGAUCCAGCGCCGGUUCCGCGCAGAGGAAUACAGCGACGCGACCUUUGAGGAGGUGAUGCAGGUGAAUGUCUCUUCGGCGUUCUCGCUCUGUCGCGAUAUAGGCCAGCACUGGAUCGCGAACAACGUGCAGGGCAGGAUCAUCAAUACGGCGAGUCUUGCUUCUUUCCAGGGCGGAGUGAGGAUGGCCGGGUAUGCGGUUAGCAAGGGGGGGAUUGCGAUGCUCACCAAGGCGCUUUCGAAUGAAUGGGCGGGAUAUGGUAUUCGUGUUAAUGCCAUUGCACCGGGAUAUAUCGCUACCGACAUGAAUGCUGAUACCCGCUCGGACUCGAACAGCGACUACUACAAGUCCAUCACGCAGAGAAUCCCCAUGGGUCGCUGGGGAGAUCCGCGCGAUUUCAAGGGGCCGGCGGUCUUUCUAGCCAGUGAUGCCAGUUCAUACAUGACUGGUGAGAUUAUUAUGGUUGAUGGAGGGUGGAUGGCGAGGUAA